ACUCGUCGACAACGACAGAGUCUCUCCAGUAUGCAGUCUUGGGAGUCACCUGCGAUUUGCUCCUCACAUCGGUUCUGCUGUUCCACACCUCCUCUCACCAAUUUCUCGAUCCCCCACGUAGUCGACUUCUAGUGAAGUGGCUUGGUCAACACCCUCUCCUUAAUCCCGACGCUCUAGACGAAGCAAUCAAAUCUAUCUAUAAGUCGGAGACGUAUUAUCCUACUCUUCGUAAAAAUUUGGAGAAUGAGAUGCGUCGGUUAAUUUGUCUCGGUGCAGGUGUCUCGCAAAAGUCAGAUUCCGAGGUCGAUGACAAAACCUCUAUCCAGAUAUCGGGAGCAUUGUUGGUUCUGGGUGAACAUAAUGACAUACAAGGACCCUACAACCGAAUCCUAUCCAAUGCCCCUCCUACUUUCAUCCAAUUGAAUAACAACACUCCCCUUAUUCCCGUUGUCACCAACCCACCGGACUUAGGUUCCGGAGAAUUCGAGUUUACUUCCGAGAAAAAGGAGGAGCUGAUGAUCUCCAGCCUCUUCUCUUCGAAUUCACAAUCAUACUUCACGCAUAUAAGGAGAAAAGGCGGUACUGAAUGGAUGAAUGCCUUUGUCAAAGUGUCAUCGGCGGCCUCCAUAAAAUGGGAGCGCAAGAUGCUGCCUGUAAUAAGCACUCGUAUCUCCCCUGGCAUGCUUCAAAAUCUCUUGGCAUACAAUGCCGAUCUCAAUUCACUUGUUAUGACCAGACUUCCUGGGAAAACCUUGAACGACUUCCGUCUUGAAUAUGCGAUGACGAGGAAUUGUGAAGAUUUUUCUUUCAAGUCUUCGCGAGAGGCCCUUGGCUGGUUUGUGGAUAUCGAGCUUCGUCGUGCGUAUGAAUGUGGCUUGCUGUACUCGGUCGGCAAGGACUUGGCCGACGCUCCGGGGGGACUAGACUCUCCAAUACACAAGUUCUAUUACGACCGUCUUCACAAUGAUGUCAGGUUCACUAAACACUACUACCCAACCACCCCCGGGUUCAGCAGAGACAACAGAGUACAGUUUGAUGAUUUCAUCGCUCUUCCUUGGAGAAUCGAUGGCGUGGAGUAUCCCCCGCUUCAGGAGUCCUUCAGGAAGGCAGAAGAGAUUCUCGAUCCUCAUGGUCAAAUUUUACCAAAACUGUGGGCCUGUUUGGGACUAGGAGAUGGUCACGGAGGAAACGUGAUGAUUUCGCCGAAAAAACAGGAUCCAGCGAUUCAUUUCAUAGAUUACGAAGCUGCCGGACAUCAUAGUCCUUUUUUAGAUCUCGCGAAACCGCUUUACCUCGACGGGUUCUUCCCCGUUAUGUAUCACGAUAUCACUUCCAAAUCCUCCGACCCCACUUCUGAACGCGCUCCGGUUUCGUGGAGGAUUGAUGAGGGCAAAGUUUGCGUCGACUUGGACGCACCGCUGGGUGAUCUGGACAAAGUCAUAUGUUUCAUGAAAUUGGAAUAUACUCUUAAGCCGCUUCUCGAGUACACCGCCUGGAAUUUGGAAGAGCAGAUGGAGUCUGCCGGGGAACGUUUUGUCAGCUGCUCUGUUAUGCUGCGCGCUCUUGACGAGGGACUUCUCCCGGCACCCCGAUUCGUUCUUCUUGAACUGUGCUGUUGGUAUUUUGUUGUAUAACGACCUAAAAGGCUCACUCAAACGGUUCUGUGGGUGGGAUAAUUGGCCUUGCGUCGUGGAGACAUCUAUCAAUGACAAAGGACUAGCAUCAUUCGGUGGUGGAGGCUUCUCUCUCACGCCCAAGCAGUUCGAUACUCAGCUCUUCAGCAUUUUAUUCAAUAAAGUCGACCUUGAACCGGAUUCGGUAUUCCUUAAACGAUUAGAUG